UGAGGAGUUUUAUUUGACCAGCUAAGUGUGGGGCAUUUAAGUGGAGAUGUCCAGGAGGCAAAUGAAGAACAGGCUAAAGCUAGAGAUUUAAGUCAACAGUAUAUUUAGGGAGGUUGAAGCCACAGGUAAGGAGGACAUCCCAAGGGAGAGUCUAUGGUACAGGAAGACCUUAGGACUAAUGUGCAGAACCCUCACUAGGUACCCGACAAAGAAUUGGGAAAUAAAAGGAUGGCAGGGAAAAUGACAAUGUACUUGAUCAGUAAUUUCUAUUUCAGUUAGAGCAAAAAAAAGACUCUUGUUAUCCCCAUGGAACUCCACCUCCAGCACUCUCCAACAAGACAGAUUAAGCCAAAAUGACAACUGCUCAAUUUGACUGUCAACACUGCACGGCAUCACUUCUUGGGAAGUAUGUACUAGAGGAUCACAAUCCACACCGUGUUACUUGUUAUGAUCGUACCUCUGCUAACUAUUGUGAGGAGUGCAAAGAACCAAUCGAAUCAGAUUCCAAGGAUCUUUGUUACAAAGGUCAUCACUGGCAUGAAGGAUGCUUCAAUUACGACAAAUGCAAUCAGGCUUUGGUGGAAAAGCCUGCUGCCAAGGAUGAGCGCCUGCUGUGCUCCGAGUACUAUUCUAGCGAGUGCUCCUCCCAGUGCUUCCAUUGUAAGAAGACCAUCAUGCCUGGUUCCCGGAAAAUGAAAUUUAAGGGAAACUACUGGCAUGAAACCUGCCUUGUGUGCGAGCAUUGCCGACAGCCAAUAGGAGCUAAACCUUUGAUUUCCACAGAGAGUGGCAAUUAUUGUGUGCCGUGUUUUGAGAUGGAGUUUGCUCACUACUGCAGCUUUUUUAAGGAGGUGAUGACUUCAGGUGGGAUAAUGUUUUGUGACCAGCCAUGGCAUAAAGAGUGUUUUCUGUGCAGUGGCUGUAGGAAAGAGCUCUGUGAAGACGACUUUAUGUCCAGAGAUGAUUAUGCAUUCUGCUUGGACUGCUACAAUCAUCUUUAUGCCAGAAAGUGUGCCACCUGCACCAAGCCUGUUAUCGGUCUCAGAGACACCAAGUUUAUCUGCUUUCAAGACCGCCAGUGGCACAGCGAAUGCUUUAACUGUGGGAAGUGCUCAGUCUCCUUGGUGGGGAAAGGCUUCCUGACUCACAACAAGGAAAUCUUCUGCCACCAAUGUGGCUCUGGGGUGGACACUGACAUGUAG